ACAAACGUCCUCCCCUUCCCUGCCUGUGCACGCUCCCUGGGACACCGAUCGCUGUCAUGUGAUCUCUGUGAUCAUUCACAGAUUUCACACGUAGUAAGCAAUAAUGUCACAAGUGACAUCUUGCUUACUACUUUGCAUGUGAUCACUGAUUGGCCAAUCAGUGAUCACAUGAUCGGGACCUCGUACAGAGGUCCCGUCCGACGAUCGGUGUUUCACUGUGUCCGGAGGACACAGCGGGCACCGGAUCGCGGUGCUGCGCGCUCCCAGGGAGCGUGCACAAGCAGGGUG